GACAGCCAACCAGCGCGACUCCAGCGUCGCAGACUCGCAGUGUUUGUUACCGUUGACCCCGCACAACCAUGGCGCUGCUCUGCAGAUCCACAGGGUUACUUCUCAAACACAGUAAACUGCUGCCGUCUGCGUUAGCAGCAACAAGGCAAUGCAGUUCAGGUGGCCAGUAUCAGUACAUUCUAGUUGACAAAAAGGGUGAAAAGAAGGAUGUUGGCUUCAUCCAACUGAACAGACCAAAGGCACUGAAUGCUCUUUGUGAUGGGCUUAUGAUGGAGGUGGGCAAAGCCCUUGAUGCAUUCGACGCUGACAGCGAAGUGGGAGCAAUUGUCGUCACAGGAAGCGAAAAAGCCUUCGCAGCUGGAGCUGAUAUUAAAGAGAUGCAGAAUCGAACCUUUCAAGAGUGCUAUGGAGGAAACUUCCUGGCACACUGGAACAGGGUAUCAACAGUUAAAAAGCCUGUUAUUGCAGCUGUCAAUGGGUUUGCGCUUGGUGGAGGAUGUGAGUUUGCCAUGAUGUGUGACAUAAUCUAUGCUGGGGAGAAAGCACAGUUUGGACAGCCAGAAAUCUUGCUCGGGACCAUUCCUGGUUCUGGUGGCACUCAGAGGCUUACAAGAGCAGUGGGAAAAUCCCUUGCAAUGGAGAUGGUUCUCACAGGAGACCGAAUCUCAGCUCAGGAGGCAAAACAGUCUGGUCUGGUAAGUAAAGUGUUUCCUGUGGAUCAGCUGGUAUCAGAAGCGAUCAGAUGUGGAGAGAAAAUAGCUGGCAAUUCCAAACUUGUCUCAGCCAUGGCAAAGGAAGCUGUUAACGCAGCAUUUGAACUGAGUUUAGCUGAGGGCAAUCGACUUGAGAAAAGAUUGUUCCAUGCAACCUUUGCGACGGAGGACAGAAAGGAGGGCAUGACUGCUUUUGUGGAGAAGCGAAAGGCUGCUUUCCAGGACAAGUAAAAUUCCAGUGGAAAAUGUGGUGAUUUUUAAACCAUGGUGUUUCGUUUGUGAUCAAAUGCUGUUAUUAAAAUACUCUACUUUGCCUUAAUUUUCUUAUCAAGCGUUUAUGAAAAAACAUCAGGAUCUGUACUUUUGAGUUGACAGAUUUAAUUUGCUCUGAUUUAGCGUCUUAGUAAUGUCUGGUAUUAUCACCUUGAAACCUUCUUUGCUGAUACACCAUAAAUAGAGGCAUCCAGUACAGUAACUGUGUGUAAUUUAAACACUCAGUCAUGCUUUGUACUAGCAUACACUUUAUCAAUUAAGAGAGAGAAAGUGGUGUUGCCAUAACCUUUCUAAAUUGUUUGUAAUUACUGUAUAACACUAUUGAAGGUUUUGCAAAUCCCAUUCUGAUUUGAUUUUGUAUGUUGACUAUUACACUAAAAUUCAUUGGGAAAAGACGUCGCAAUUCCACUUAGUGCACUCUAGGUGGCGCUGUGGGUGUAUCUUCAGUCACUCGUGCGGCUUAUUCAUCGAGGUAGCCUAAUAAAGUCACUGUAGUAGUA